AUGACUUUUUUCACCAUUUUCAGAUUGAGAAGAUCCAAUGUAUGAUAAAUUAGUUGUUGAUGACGUAGAUUAAACACCAUCUAAUUAAAGAUGUCUGAUAACCAAUGGUCAUCUGACGAGGAAUGGUCCAAUGAAAUUGUCCAUAUUCCAAACCCUACCUCCGAAAUUACAGGUAUGUCAGACAUUACAAAUGCACAACAUAGAACGUCAAUAUCUACACCAAUAGAACAGGGAGAAAACACAGAAGUUAUAGAGACCAGAGAUGAAAUAGAAACAGAGACAACAAUAGAACAGGGAGAAAACACAGAAGUUAUAGGGAACAGAGAGGAAAUAGAAACAGAAACAACAAUAGAACAGGUAGAAAACACAGAAGUUAUAGGGAACAUAGAUGAAAUAGAAACAGAGACAACAAUAGAAUGUAUUCCUAAGCUCGGUGAGCCCCAGUUAGAAGAUGAGCAAAAACAGCAAGAAGGCCUGACCGUUCCUGAUGAAAAAAUAAUGAGGGGAAAUGAAACAACUGAAGACCAAGAAAAGCAAAACGAACACCACCAAGAAAAGCUCCGAAUUUUAUUACACCACCACAAAAGUCUUUAUUUAGAAAACGGAAAGCGAUCCCUGAAACAUGGAAGAAGAAUAUUAGGAAAAAACUGAGACUUUCUGGAAAGUAGUAUAUUUCAGUGAAAGGGACAGUUGUUGAAGAAAAAAAAGUAAAACCUGUAGACUGUUCAAAAUGCACUUUUAAAUGUCAUUUAGGUAUAGACGACGAGCAUAGGCAGCAAAUUUUCAAAACAUUUUGGUCUCUGGAUACAAACGACAGAAAGAAGGAUUUUAUCAUCGCUAAUACAACACAAAAGAAAACUAUAACAUAUUUAGAUGAUAACAACGAACCUGUUCAAAAAAAGAAAAAUGUUCACAGAUCGUACUCACUUAACGUUGAUGGAAACCAUAUCAAAAUGUGCAAUAAAUUUUUUUUAACAACUUUAGGGAUCAGUGAGACCUUUGCAAACAAUGCAUUGCAGAAUCAACAAGAUGGCGUUUUUGUUGGAGAAGACAUUUUGAUAUGCAAGUUUUACACUAGAACUGUAAUUUUACUUAUGUUUAAUAGGCAAUACUGUCAAUAUCUGU